UUGUUUUCCGCGGUGAAAUAUCGCACAUCCAACGCAGUCAAACCGCAAGAGAAGUGGGUGGAGAAACAUAAACACAUAAAGAAAAGGGAAUUGGAGAGAAACAAACAACAAAUUGUCAAAGGCUUUCUGUGUGGUGGGAACAGUAAGUCUAUAAGCAACAGUGGGAACAGUGAACAAAAAUUGUACACAAAAAAAGUAACAAAACAAAAAAAUGGCAAAAAAGUUGGAAAUGACACUCUUUGAUCUCAAUGAUGACUCUCUAGAUCUGAUACUUAAUCUUCUCCAACUCGAUGAACUUCUGUCAAUAUAUAACGAAAUCAGUCCUCGUUUUAAUGAUGCAAUUGAAAGACAAUUUCACAGAUUUCGUCAUUAUGAUUUCUCAAUGAGAUUUCCUCCACGCCAUGAUGCUGGCAAACUACAAGCUCUCGGUCGGCAUUUAAUUAGUCUUCAUAUCAGUGUAGGCUAUUCAAUUGUUGAAAAAGAUGUUAUACCUAUCCUUCGACCACUUUGUCAGGGCGCUGCCGAAACACAAAAACUACGUGCCCUAAAAUUUGAUCAUGCUAGUUUUACCGCAGAAUAUGUAAGGACCGUUCAAUUGGUAACCCCAUUUUUACGAAUUCUUGAUAUGAGUCAUUGUGAUGUCAGAGACCAUAUGAUUGUUCGACUACUAGAAAAUGCUAAUAUGCUUCAGCAUUUAGUUAUUCUCAAUAUUUACCAAUUAACGGGUGAAAAGCAUUUAAAACCGUAUACAAUGAGUAAUCUUCCAUGUUUGAAGUUAAUUUGCAUCAUGUUUGUUGGUAAUUUGCCUUACAAGCUAGAAGAAUUAAGUAUUCAAUAUCCACAUUUGAGUUUUCUUGUCUAUGAUACUGUAGCUUGUAAUGCUUUCAAAAUAUAUGGUCCCCAGGUUAAUAUAGACAUAAAGAACUUGUGGAAUCAUGAAUAUUUUAAAAACGAUUGAACUUAUAAU